UUCUACCUUUAACUGCCCAAAAGAUUCCCCAGCUAGCUUUCUCAAAUCAUUUUUCUUUCUUCAUCACCUUCUUGUGUCUCUCUUUCUCUCUAAAUAAGCAUCACAUCUCUUUUUCUCUUUCAAGAAAAUCUCUGAGUUCUUUCUCUUUUACUUUUGUUUCAAUCUUUAAACUAAAAACACAAAAGAGACAGAUAGAUACACGCAUAUCUAUAUAGAUACAGUACUGUUUUAUAGUCAUGGCGGUUGUUGUUGUUGAAGAAGGCGUGGUGUUGAAUCAUGGAGGUGAAGAGCUUGUGGAUUUACCACCUGGAUUCAGGUUUCAUCCAACAGACGAGGAGAUCAUAACAUUCUACCUCAAAGAAAAGGUUUUAGACAGCCGAUUCACGGCUGUGGCCAUGGGUGAAGCAGAUCUCAACAAGUGUGAGCCCUGGGAUUUGCCGAAGAGAGCAAAGAUGGGGGAGAAAGAGUUUUACUUCUUCUGUCAAAGGGACAGGAAGUACCCGACCGGGAUGAGGACGAACCGUGCGACCGAGUCCGGGUAUUGGAAAGCGACCGGGAAGGAUAAGGAGAUUUUCAAAGGCAAAGGUUGUCUCGUUGGGAUGAAGAAAACACUUGUGUUUUAUAGAGGAAGAGCUCCACGAGGUGAAAAGACUAAUUGGGUCAUGCAUGAAUAUCGUCUUGAUGGCAAAUAUUCUCAUCACAAUCUCCCCAAAUCCGCAAGGGACGAGUGGGUCGUGUGUAGGGUUUUUCACAAGAACAAUCCUUCCACUACAACCCAACAAAUGACAAGAAUGCCCAUUGAAAAUCUCACAAGAAUGGAUUCUCUAGAGAACAUUGAUCAUCUCCUAGACUUCUCAUCUCUUCCUCCUCUCAUGGAUCCGAGUUUCACGGGUCAACACGACCAUCACAACUUCAAACCUAUCAACCCUCCUACCUAUAACAUCUCGUCACCAAUCCAACCCCAUCACUUCAACUCUAAUUACCAAUCAAUAUUUAACCACCAGGGUUAUGGUUCUGCUUCGGGUUCCGGUUCUACAUACAACAACAAUAAGGAAAUGAUAAAGAUGGAGCCGUCGCUUGUUAGUGUAUCUCAAGAAACCUGUCUGAGCUCAGAUGUGAACGCGACCACGACCAUUGAGGUAUCUUCGGGUCCGGUAAUGAAGCAAGAGAUGAGUAUGACGGGAAUGGUGAAUGGUAGCAAGUCAUAUGAAGAUCUAUGUGACCUGAGGGGGAUCUUAUGGGACUACUGAUUUAUUUUAGUUAUGGUUAUUUUAUUAUUUAAGUGUGAUGAAAGAGUAUAUUUGUUGGUUUUAAGUCAUGUAAUUAAUACAUAUAGGAUUUACUAGGGGGAUUAAUCCUAGUUA